CAAAAAACGCGAUAAAAUUAGUAUUCGAGAAGCCGCUCGGAUCUAUAAUGUGUCUCAGACAACCUUAUGUGCCAGAAUGAACAGUAGAAGUGCUCAGCAGGACCUUCAGCCAAAUCCAACCAAAUUUACAAAGCUGGAAGAGGAGGCUAUUCUCCAGCAUGUUUUAGAUCUGGAUUUGCGAGGGUUCUUGUCUAGUUGACUGAUGUGGAAGAUAUUGUGAAUCUUCUGCUUGCAGAUCACAACACAGGGUGUGUGGGAAAUGCUGGGCCUUGAACUAUGUUAAGCAACAACCAGAGCUCAAGACAUGUCUAAAUCGCCUGUACAACUACCAAAGAGCCAUAUGAGAAGAUUCUAAGAGAAUUCAGGCAUGGUUCAAUCUUGUAUGGAAUAUGCAAACCAAGUACGGCAUUGAAGAUGCUGAUAUCUAUAACUUUGACAAGACUGGGUUUAUGAUGGGCGUUAUACUGCCAUCAAUGGUAGAACCCAUGAGUUGGAUGUUCCAUUAUCCUAGUAGAGCGCCGUUACAGGGAGUCAAUGCAGAUGGGUGGUACAUCCUGCCAUUUAUCAUACUUCAAGGAGCUUAUCAUUUGGCGAAUUGGUACUCAGAGAGCAACCUCCCUCCAGAAUGGGUGCUUGGAGCCACCCAUAAUGGAUGGACCAACAAUGAGACUGGCCUGGAAUGAAUUCAACAUUUUGAUAAAUACACAGCUUCCCGUGUAAAGGGUGCAUAUCAGAUGCUAUUGAUUAAUGGCCAUGAGAACCACCAUUCGGCCAAGUUCGACCAAUUUUGCAAGGCCAAGAACAUCACUACUAUCUGUAUGCCACUGCACCCAUCUCACCUUCUUUAGCUACUUGAUGUUGGAUGCUUCAGUCCACUCAAGCGGGCAAACAGUCGCUAGAUAGAAGGACUCAUCAAGUCACAUGUCAAUCAUAUUACCCAACUCGAUUUCCUCAUCGCGUUUCAUGAAACAUUCUUUACAUCUAUGACCAAGAAAGAUGCCAAGGCAAGAUUCAGAGGCUCUGGUUUAGUACCUCUGGACCCUGAAGCUGUUUUGUUAAAGCUAAAUGUCAGGUUAAGAACACCAACAUCAUCUGACUUGCCUCCAACUUUUGCCAACCACUGGGUUUCUCAAAUGCCACACAAUUCAAUUGAAGCGGUUUCG